GGCGGAAGUGGUCACGUGGCGGGGAGGAGCUGUCAUGGCGGCGGAGGGCCCGCGGCGCGGGGCCGGGGCCGGGGCUGACGGUUGGUCGGUCACCGCUGAGGUGGCUGAGCGCGUGCAGCGGGAGUUCGGGACCGAUCCCAAAUCACUGAGCAAACUGGGGAGGAUGACGGAGGAGCUCGCGGCCUACAAACUGAACCUGGAGGAGCAGGUACUUACUGUUUCAUCUGAAGUACCGAAAAAGAUUGAAAAUGCAUUCAAGAAUGCUGAAAACUCCAAAAGUCUGCUAAGUGACCUACUUAAGAACCAUACAGUUUUAUCCGAAUCGAUCAGCAAUCAUCUAGUCACAGCACAAACCUGGAUGGAGGAACUGAAUGCUUUAAUUGGACAGAUUGAACAGAUUGAGCGGCACCUCUGGUACUUGAAGUGGAUUUCACAAAUAGAGGAGUUAAGUGAUUGUAUUCAGCAGCACUUGAUGACUAAUAGUGUCUCAGAUGCUGCCAGCACCCUGGUGUCUAUGGCAGAACUGGAUAUAAAGCUUCAAAAAUCAUCUUGCAAUCAUCUGCUCAGAUUCAUCAGAUCCACUGUCAAAUUCUGGCAUAAAAUUCUCAAGGACAGGCUGACACAUGAUUUUGAAGAUGUCUUAAAGCAGCUGCAUUGGCCUUUCAUCGGACCACCACAGAGCCAGACUCUCACCCUGCUACCUGCAGCAAACGCAGCAGAGCUCCAGAACAACCUGGAGGCACUCUUCACUCAGCUUCUCAAGUUACAGACUUCAGAUGAACUAAUCACUAAACAGAAACAGUUACCCGAAAAAUACGACAUUCCUCCUUCGUUACCCAUUGCACUACCCAUACAGCUCAUGUUGCUGCCACUACAGAUGAGAUUCAAGUACCACUUUUCUGGGAACAGGCAAACCAACGUGUUGAACAAGCCAGAAUGGUACCUGACACAAGUGCUGAUGUGGAUUGUAAACCAUUCCAAAUUUCUUGAAGAAAAAAUUCAGCCCAUCAUAGACAAAGCAGGUUCGUUUUUGGAUGCCAGGCUGGAGUUCUCACGGGGUCUGGUGAUGCUGGUUCUGGAGAAGAUGUCUGAUGAUAUUCCCAGGCUCCUGUAUGAUGACAGCCUAUUUUGUCAUAUGGUAGAUGAAGCGUUGCUGUUUGAAAAGGAGCUGCACAGUGCCCACGGCUAUCCUAGCAACCUCCCGGGUUGCAUGCACAUCCUGUCAGAAGAAACCUGCUUUCAGAAAUGGCUAACAGUGGAAAGAAAAUUUGCUUUAGAAAAAAUGGAUUCUGUGCUAUCCUCAGAAGCUGCCUGGACAUCCCAGUAUAAGGACAUCACUGAUGUUGAUGAGAUGAAAGCUCCAGAUUGUGCUGAAACAUUCAUGACUCUUCUUCUGGUCAUUACAGACCGCUACAAGUCCCUUCCUACAGCUGCUCGUAAACUCCGGUUUCUGGAACUGCAGAAGGAGCUGAUCGAUGAUUUCAGGAUUCGCUUGACUCAAGUGAUGAAGGAAGAGACUCGUUCGCCUCUAGGAUCUCGUUAUUGUGCCAUCCUGAACGCGGUCAACUAUAUAGCAGCAAUGCUGGGAGAUUGGGCAGACAAAGUGUUCUUCCUGCAGCUUCAGCAGGCGUCACUGGACGUUUGUGCAGAGAGAGACACUAUCACCGAGCUGCAGCUUGGGCAAUUGGCCUCACUUGAAAGCUCCGUCUUUGAUGAUAUGAUUGACCUACUGGAACGCCUCCGGCAUGACAUGCUUGCUCGGCAAGUCGAGUAUAUCUUCAGAGAGGUUAAGGACAAAGCAAAACCGUACAAAAAAGAGAGGUGGUUAUUCUUGCCAUCGCAGUCAGACCAGGCUGUGAUGUGCUUGUCGAAUUCGGCCUGCCCAAUGUUACUCACGCUUCGAGAUCGAUUGCUACAAUUGGAGCAGCAACUGUGCUAUUCACUUUUUAAGUCAUUCUGGCAAACACUAUCAGAGAAGCUGGACCUGUUCAUCUACCAGGAUAUUAUAUUGGCGAAUCAUUUUAACGAAGGUGGCUCGACCCAGCUACAGUUUGACAUGACACGGAAUCUUUUCCCGCUGUUCGCCCACUAUUGCAAAAGACCUGAAAAUUACUUCAAACAAAUAAAAGAAGCUUGUAUUGUUCUAAACCUGAACAUGGGGUCAGCGCUGCUGUUACGGGAAAUGCUGCAGACUCCCUCUAACAGUGAUACAGUCUCCAACUCUAAACUGCCCUCGGCCACAGCAGCUCUCAAUGAAAUCGGAGUAUUUAAACUGGCUCCACGGGACGUCGAAAUUCUGUUGAAUUUACGGACAAACUGGCCAAACACAGGCAAAUAAUCGAAUCUUUGAUUUAGUUGGAACACGAAUGUUGCACUUGGAUUUGAGGCGACGAUAUUGGUCUCACUCUAGCGUGCUCGGUGCAGAAACGUGAUGGGUGAUGAAGGAUUGAGGAUAAGAAAACACACAGACUAUUUGGCAUUCGUUAAAUGUCUGACUCCGUGAAUUAAAACUAUUAUGCUGA